ACUUCAGACAAGAUGAAAGGAAUUUUAACGGUAGCUGUUGUUUGUCUUCUGGCGAAUUUUACCGAUGCCCAGUUUACCGCAUGGACAACGACCGGGUUCACCAUCCAGUCUGGAUCAGCAACUGCAUCAGUCACGCUGAAGUACGAUACUAAAGUACCGGAGACAAGUACUGCUACCACCGCAAUUUUUACCUUGGCAGCAACCGGAACCGGAACGAUGGCUUACGCCUUUGCAACCGCUGGGAAUCCUAAUAGCGUGGGAGCUAUUGCUGGCGGUACUGGAGCGGUUACACUUGCAGCAACAAAAUCCAUUGAUUACGAAACAACGACGUCAAUUGUUUUUGUUGUUACUGCUACAACUGGAACAGGUACUACUGGCACGGCCACUGUGACUGUAGAGAUCAGGAACGUGGUCGAGUUCAGCAAUACUCAUUAUGUUGCGUGUGUCGCUGAUGGAGCAACUGCCGGUACAACGGUUGGAACAUAUACUGUAGCAGAUAAAGCCAGCGGUGACACAAUCGCCUAUACACAUACGCCGACGUCAGAUUUUGACUACGCCUCAGCGACUGGAGUGGUGAGCGUAAAAACCACACGUGAUAUGAAAAUACUGGGGGGUCAAGCGCUCACCCUGACAGCGACCCCUGGUGCUACCAGCACCUCUGCCACCACGGCGGGUACCACAACGCUGUGGAUUGCCAUUGGAACCUGUACCAGCAGCGCCCUGCAGAUCACGGCCAUGUUGGGAAUGGUGAUGCUGUCAUUUGCCACUGCAUUGUGCCUUUAAAUUUUCAAUUUCUUUGCAACAUAAAGACUGGAGCAAACGAACAAAUAUUGUAGACAUUUUUUUUCCAUUUUGAAUCCUCCAAGAUAUUGAUCUAUCAAACGACACCAAACAAACGAACAUUUCUGAUUUUUAAAUUAUACAAUCCGUAAAUGUAAUUAUGUGUUUUAAUCUUCUGUAUUAAUUUCGAAUGUUAUAAGAUAUUUUCAUUUGGAACAUUAUGUUUUUUUCUAUUUACUAACACAGAAUAGUCCUGUAUGAAUAACCGUUGAGGUUGAUGAAAUCAUGGACUUUCUUUCUCUUUUGAUGUGUUUUGCUGUGAUAUUAACUUAUAAAAUAAAAUACUGAGCUGGU